AUGGCUCCUUUCUUUAAGGAGACAAGUACCUGUUAUUUCUGCAUGUGAUAUUUGGAAAGUUCUGUGUACUUGAAAUGCUGAUAUAUCUGCUGCCUCCGAUGCAUUGACUCACUAGAGGAAAGUCCCAAGGAGGAUGAUAUACUGUGCCCCCACUGCUUUGUUGUCUCUUUGAAGGAAGGCAUCCUACUGGCUACGCUGUUAAACCAUUUGGUUACCAAGGUUAAAAGACUAGUACCGCGACUGAAUCAUAUUCUUGAAAUGGAUCCAAGGAUGAAGAUAUUUCAAGUGAACAUGACCUUGGAUAUGGACACAGACACAGCCCACAACCACCUCUUCACCUCUGAUGACCUUAGGAGUGUCUACUUUACCCCCCAAAAAAAGAAACAGGACCAGAAAUUAUAUGCAGAUUGAUUCCACAUCUCUACCUGUGUCCUCACUCACUGACCGGAAGUGUCUGGUCACCAUUACUGCAAGGUAGUGGUGGGAACCAGCAAAGAAUGGGAUAUAGGCAUUUGCAAAGAGUUCGUUAAUCAAUGGCCUAUUAACCUGUCAGAAGAACAUGAAUUCUGGACUACGGAUGAGAGAAGUGGAGAGGUCUAUGCCAGCAGCACUAAACCCUUGACCAUGCUCAUUGUGAACCCUCGGCCACACAGAAUGGGGGUCUUCCUGGACCUCCUAAUGAAAAACAUUUCCUUUUGGAACCUUAGCUAUGGUUCCUCCAUCUGUACAUUCUUUAACAUUUCAGACACGGAUCCAUUUUGCCCAUUAUUUGCUCCAGCAAAUUCAUAUCCAGAUGAUCAAGAAGUCCUCACUCUCUGUCCUGUGACAAAUCCAGGCAUUUUUAGGCUUCCAGUUAACUCCAAACAAGAAAAUGAUCCUUGA